CUGUAUUGCAGUAGUACCUCCAUCAGCAUGGCCAAAACUCUCUUACUCGGCUACCUGCGCAUAGUUUGUUAUGCCAUGGGGAGACUUAUUUCGCUCCCGUUUGGCUGUACAUGGAGACUACUCUCAACGUCUGAAACUCCACCCCCAUGCUCAACGCGGGUUCCAUCUUGUUUUGUCAUAUUGCCCUCGUCAACUACCUUCACCUCUCGUACCAUGUACUGGAAACAGAGCUUCGCGUAUCGUCCCUUGCUAGCCUGCAGUCAUCAUGUGGUAAGCGAUACGGGGACCAGGGUAUAUCCGCGGCCAUUCUUAUGAGAUGCAUUCGCACCUCUCGGCAGUGCGUAUUGCGUCCUAUCCAACUUCUCGUCUCGCCUCAUGACUUCGUCCCGCUUUCCACCGUCGUGCGCAUUCGAUCGAUAUGUCGGAACCUGCUCCAGCGGACAGACUGCCCGUUAUUGGUCAGAAUGAAGUGCUUCGAACCGAAUAUGCUCUCUUUGUGUUGACCACUCUUUUCAUCAUCGCCCGUGUCGCGAUUCAUGUGUCGAGGCGCAAAUCCUUCGAGUUCCAAGACUUCUUCAUCUACUUCGCAUACGCCCUGUACGUUGGACUGUGGACUGAGUACAUCAUCGCGGUUCCCUAUCUGUACAAACUCAGUGCAGUUGCCCUGGGUGAAAUAGACAUAUAUCCAACAAUCACCCAGGAUGCGGGAUACAUGUCUCGGCUCAUCUUUUCCGCCCAGAUGCUAUUCUACACAUGUCUAUUCGCCGUCAAACUAUCUCUAAUGACGCUCUAUCGGAAACUGUUGGUCGGUAUCGGUGGAAUCUACUACAAGAUCUGGUGGUCUAUCGUCGCCUUUUUGUUUUUGUCGUGGAUUGGCUGUAUCAUCACCAGCGUGUCCUCUUGCAAGUCAAUGAGGGUGUUUUUCCGUAAUGGUUCAUGCGCUUCACCCGAAGAACUCCAGGUUCAGAUCAUUUCUUUGUAUUACGCCUACGCCAUCGACGUUCUCACGGACCUCAUGGUCAUGUUCCUUCCCAUUCGCUUGGUAUGGAACCUUCAAAUGGCCCGUAGCGAGAAAGUUGGAAUCUUGAUCCUUUUCAGUGGAGGUUUUGUCUGCAUCAUCUUUGCCACAUUACGUGCUGUUCAGGUCGGCGUGCAGCAUGGGAAAGCCGUGUCACCCGAUCCAAAAUGGCUUACGCUGUGGACGGUGAUAGAAGUGUCCAUGGCCAUCAUCGUCGGUUGCUCUCCUGCAUUCGCUUCUCUGAUCCGAAAUCGCCUCAAUUUGAAGAAGGCUUCCUACAGCGGCCGCGGCUACCGAAGGCAGGGCGAUAAUGUGGAUUUGGGAACCAUUGGCACUCCGAAGCGUCGUCCUCACAGCACCAACGUCACUUCCAGCUCGACACUAUACGAAGAGGAUACGCCCGAUAGCCAGAGAGGACUCACGAGAAAUCCUUUGUUUAACAGUGGAAUCAGAGUCACAACGACUGUACAACAGAACAACAAGCGAAUGAGCGAGCAGACCAAUGCAUGA